UCGCGUCCUCAGAGCCCGUGUGUCACUGGAUACUGAGAGUGGCGAGUUAUUGGACACGUGUUGUUGCUAGGGGCGUGGGUUGGGCCGUGAAAUAUUCUACUUCUCCCGAAUCCGAAAGGGAUGAAAUGCAGUGAGGAUAACAGUCGCAUCAGCUGGGAGCCGGAUGUGCUGAGAGCUGUCCGAUUCAACCCUGGAGGGGCGGGGGACGAGGGACGGGGGGGGAGACUGUGCCGCAGUGUGCAUGAUCUGAUCAGUCUCCGUCCAUCCUGCACUACAUCCUGCUAUCUCAAGGUAGCUAAACGCACAAUGCAGUCCGGCCCGCGUUUGUGUCUCGGGACAGCAAUGUAUCUGCGGGACAACAUCACGUGUCUGUAGUUUGCGCCGCCGCGGGGAUCUUAUGCAACGUGGACUGUUUUCGUGAACCGGCGAUGACAUCAGGCUCGACCCGAGCGAGGUGGACCGGGGCGUGAGGAGGGGAGCCGGCGAAGCGCGCGCCUUCCGAGCCAGACAUUUUUCUGUUGUUGUUGCUUUUUUUGUGUGUCCUAAAGGAAAUUCAAGGCAUGUGACGUCCGCGCAUCCUGUGAACUGCGUCACUGCAUGCGAGUGUUGCAGGUAGGCAGCAAACUCACCUGCCACCAGUAGAGGAGCACGCCUCCCAGCUCCCAUCCUCCCCCCCCCAGCAUCCUCCCUCCCAGCACAAUGUCGCGGGUAAGUGCUUGAAACAUCUACUCGGGAUGGAUUCGGCGGAUCAUUCAAGCGCAGAUCCGCCACUGGGAUCCACGUAUUCCUCAGCACCCAAUUUAGAUACGGAUAUUAACGCAAACGCCCGUGGGCAUGUUUAUCAGAACGGGACAGGCCACAAUGUCAACAUGGAGAAUGAAGCGCUGCGGGGAGCAAGUGACCCCAGCGCGUACCCCUCCACCGACUACCGGGCGCUGGUCCGGCAGCGGUUCAUCAGGCGGAGUUUGUGGGUGUCGGACGCCGAAGACAGCGGCCACUAUCCAGCGGACGCGCCGGAAUGCGUCAACGGCGUUGACCUGCGGACUGUCGUCGACCGGACUCGAACCCGGGUCCUGCACGCGGCAGCCCGCCUGGGCCUCCAGGAGCCGCCGGGCACGGAGGGCAAGGUGGAGCCGGAGGCCGGCGCCGGAGAGAGCGCGGGUGCCGAGGAGGAGAAGGGGGGCGGGAGCGAGGCCGAGCCGCAGGUAGAGGUGGCGAACUCGGAGGCCACAGGUAAAGCAGGAAGUGACGAGAACGAAGAGGAGCCCGGGAUGAAGGCCGUGUCCACUUCACCGGGGGGCCGCUUCCUGAAGUUUGACAUCGAGCUGGGGAGGGGGUCCUUCAAGACGGUCUACAAGGGCCUUGACACCGACAGCUGGGUCGAAGUGGCAUGGUGUGAACUUCAGGAACGGAAACUAUCCAAAGCCGAGAGACAGAGGUUUAAAGAGGAGGCUGAGAUGUUGAAGGCUCUCCAACAUCCCAACAUUGUGCGAUUUUAUGACUUCUGGGAAUCACCGGUUAAAGGAAAGAAGUGUAUCGUUCUGGUAACAGAGCUGAUGACCUCAGGGACACUUAAAACGUAUCUGAAGCGUUUUAAGUUGAUGAAGCCCAAAGUUCUCAGAAGCUGGUGCAGGCAGAUUCUCAAAGGCCUCCACUUCCUCCACACAAGAACUCCUCCAAUCAUCCACAGAGACCUCAAGUGUGACAACAUUUUCAUCACUGGUCCCACAGGCUCUGUGAAGAUAGGAGACCUGGGCCUGGCAACACUGAAGAGGGCCUCCUUUGCUAAAAGUGUCAUUGGCACUCCGGAGUUCAUGGCCCCCGAGAUGUAUGAGGAGCACUACGAUGAGGCUGUGGAUGUCUACGCCUUUGGCAUGUGCAUGCUGGAGAUGGCCACCUCAGAAUAUCCCUACUCUGAGUGUCAAAACGCUGCUCAGAUCUACCGCAAAGUCACUAGUGGGGUGAAACCUGCCAGCUACAGUAAAGUCAGUGACCCAGAAAUUAAAGAGAUAAUCGGGGAAUGUAUCUGCCACAGACGGGAGGAAAGGUACUCCAUCAAGGACCUCCUGAAUCACGCCUUCUUUGCAGAGGACACAGGCGUGAGGGUGGAGCUCAAUGAAGAAGAUGAUGGGAAGAAAUCAUCUAUUGCCCUGAAGCUGUGGGUUGAGGAUACUAAAAAACUGAAGGGGAAGUAUAAGGACACUGGGGCCAUUGAGUUUUCCUUUGACCUUGAAAACGAAGUCGCAGAGGUUGUUGCCCAAGAAAUGGUGGAAUCUGGGUUUUUCCUCGACUGUGAUGUGAAGAUUGUCGGAAAGUCCAUCCGUGACCGCGUGGCUCUCAUCAAAUGGAGGAGGGAGCGUACCGUCUCGUCAGGAAAUGGCGAAGUAGCUGUGAAGAAGCCUCAGCCGAACACACUGCAGGUGCCCGGUACCGCAGUACCACAGGCACCCACGCUGGCUACGACGGAUCAUGAGAACCAAGAGGUGGAGCAUCAGACCCUGAUCUGUGCAGUGCCAGCCACCACAUCUGACAGCGGAUUGAGCUCUACUAUACAUUUAGAUGACCUCAGCAGUCAGCAAGAUGGCCCCUACCAGUCACCUCCGGAGCCCAUCUCCACAACACAGCAGAUCUACAGUCCUCCUGCACAGGUUGAGCCUCAGUUGCACCAAGGAACGUACCAGCAGACCCCAGCACAGGCCUCUCAAGAAAACUACACGCAAACAUCCACUCAAUUACCCGAGGGGGCCCCCCAGCAGCUGCAUCCUGGAACCUAUCAUCAGCCUGCAGCACAACUGCAGCAGGAGUCUUAUCAGCCUCAAACAACAGCGUCGGCUCCGGCUACACCAGCUCCUAUUGUGCACCAGAGUAGAGAGACAGAGACAACGCAGAGUUUCCCACCUGCAGCUCCUACUCAACAACCACAUCCUUCUGCCCAACCCGGCCAGGAGCAGGUACAGAUGACGGCACCGCAGGGUCAUUUGGGAGAUUUUCACCUUCUGCCUGCGGUUCAGACUCCUCUCUGGGGAAGCGGAGCAGAUGUUGUAACACCUGCUGCAGACCAAGACUUAACUGUUCCACCAGUUUCAGCUCCAGGCUCAAUCUCAGCUGCAGCCCAAGUUGAAACUCAAGUCCCAGCACAAAAUUCCGCUCUGGUUCCAGCACAAAACCAACCACCUCUCCAUGUAUCCACGAAAGCGGCAGUCAUGCCUCCGACUCCAGCUUUGACCGUUGCGAGUGCCCCAACUUCAGUCCCAAUACAAGUUCCAGUAGCAGGUCAAAACACGGCCUCUGCUCCGGUUCAAGCACCGGCCUCUGAAUCAGGUCUCGUCUUUGAAUCACCAAAAGACUUUUCUACGAGCUCAGACGAGUCUUAUGUACUCGGCAGACCCAAAUUAUCAGUCCUGAGUUUAGGUUCUGCCCCAAUUUCUGUCACGCUGCCAGACCCUGCUCAAUAUCUGCAGCCUGCUGGCAACCAGACAGCGGUCGCAGUGUCUGAGUGUGCCAGCCAGGCUGCAACUCAGCAACAUGUCGAUUCCACAUCUUCCCCCGGCACCCUUCAACAAGAUCCCUAUGCAGAGGAUGUGUUUCAGGACAAACCUGGAUCUUUACCAAGUUAUUCUUAUGACAGCCUCAAUUCUGAUGUCGCUUCUGGUAAGGAAACAAGUGACGGCUAUGACAGCUUGGCUAGUGGAGGGAAAGGAGACUUAAAACCCAGGAAACAUCAUCGCAAAUCUGCUCGCACGCGUUCCCGUCAAGAAAGAACCAGCAAGGCCAAACUGAGCAUGCUCAAUGUUUGCAACACUGGUGAUAAAAUGGUCGAAUGCCAGCUGGAGACUCACAACCACAAAAUGGUGACGUUUAAAUUUGAUCUGGAUGGAGAUGCCCCGGAGGAAAUUGCCACUUACAUGGCAGAGAAUGGGUUCAUCCUACCGUUAGAGAAGGAGAUCUUCAUUGACCAGCUGAAGGACAUUGUGGACAAAGCUGAAGACAUGCUGAGUGAAGACAUAGAGGGUGAACGGGCCUCCGCCUUGAGUUGUAGUCCUGAACAAGGCCAGAUUUCUGAGGCGCUGGUGGGGGAGAGUCAGCAGCCUGGAGCACCUCAGCCCGUCUAUCAGCAGAAUGUGCUUCACACGGGAAAGAGAUGGUUCAUCAUCUGCCCGGUUGAGGAGACGCCCACAUCCAGCCAGGAGACCCCGACGGACGGCACAGCAACGCAGUCUCUCGGGAGUUCAGCCAUCGCCCAGCCUGCCGACAAUGGCACCGCCAGGCCUUUUGCGCCCAGAGGAGAUGGGUCAUCCUCCACCAUGUCCAGUGAAAGUGGUGGCUUCACCUAUGAUUUGUAUGGAUUCUGUAGCCCUCCGAUAAUGUCCAAUACAGACCCUCUGCUCUUGGCUACCCUGUCCCCCCCUGUGUCUGCUCCCCCGAUCCUCCCGUCGGUGACCUCGGUGGAGCCUCUGGUGCAGCCCAGUGUCCAUCAGGCCCAGCCACCCAGUGCUCAAACUCUGCCCCCGUCGUUACCGCUGGACGAAUCGCGAGGAUCCCCUUUGGGCUCCGCCUCUCCGAUCCACGCAGCUCAGCCGAUGCCCGACAUGACGCGUCCCGUCUCUAUGGCUGACGAGGUGCCGUGCUGCCCCCUGGUCAUGCCCCUCUCUCUGGAUGUGAGCGGUUCGCAGGGCGGGUCUCGUCUCCCUCCCCUUUCACUCCAGGAGCCAGUGUCGGCCAAAGAGACGCUAUCCGUCUCCUAUGCCUCUGCAGCUCGCAGCGAGCGGCCGCAGCAGCCUGUGGUGCUGCACCAGCCUUUUUCCAGCGUGGGGGGGAACAAAGUGUCUUCAGUACCCCAGAGCCCGGCGGCAUCCCUGCACGGCACGGGGCCCGGCGAGUCCGAAGGCGAAGGACGUCUGGGCCGCGGGGGCUUUGUGGACAGCACCAUAAAAACUCUGGAUGAGAAACUAAGGAACCUGCUCUACCAGGAAUACGCUCCCAUGUAUCCAUCGGGCAGCGCUGCAGAGACACCGGGAUCCGGCACCGAGUACAUUCAGUCUCCUCCUGGUCCAGAGAGCGCCACUGGAGGGUCAGGAAACAGCACGCCAGGCCCGAUGGGGGAGGGACGCUACAGGGUGGGAGAGCAGCUGCCUCAAAUUCCAGAGAGAAUGGACAGUUUAAGCACACUGAGUGACUCAGCUGUGUGCGCUUCUCUGUCAAGAAGACACGUUCCUCACUCCGCUUCCUGCUCUGGAACAAGAGGCCGAUUCAAGAUAAUCUCUGUUCCACCUGAAGUUGCCAACCGGAGGGACGUGAAGCAGAGGAGCUGGAGCAGUGCUGCCUCACCUGCACACCCUGCAGCAUACAGUGAGCACCGGGUCCUGGCGGACGCCGUGUCCGCGUCCUCCACAAUCGGCCGUUUCUCUGUGGUCAGCACCGAAGAUGACAAUGCACAGAGGACACGGUGCAGCCGCUACUCCGCCCCGCCCGAUUUCUACCUGGACACACCGCCGUCCAUGGCCAAGCGGGGCUCGCUGCCUCGCGCCCUGACCUCCACCUCUGUCGCCGCGGAUGUCACGGUCCACGCUCGCUUCCUCUCCUCCGACUCGGGGGCUGAGAGCAGCCCCGCGAAGCUGGCUCCUGCCACCCCGUCUCACCACACCCGCUCUGAGCGCAGAGGGAGUGACCUCAUGAAGAGGGCAGUGGCCUUCCUCCGUCGCCCAGGGCGCAGCAGCAGCGUGCAGAGCUCUGACUCACCAAGUAGGCAUGGGGGCGUGCACGGCUCGGCCUACGGCAGCAGCGAUAAUGACUCAGAGGUGGAAGACUCGGACAUGAAAAGAGAACUACAGAGACUCAGGGAGAAACAUCUGAGGGAGAUCUCUGAGCUGCAGGCCCAUCAGCGGGGGGAAGUGGAGCUGCUGUAUCACCGACUCGGCAAAGCCCCUCCGACUGGCCUUGGUCUCUCACACGUUGCGCCACUGGCCGGCCGGAGGAAGAGGUCCAGCAAGCACAGACUGAAGCCUGGCAAACUUCUCAGUCCUCUGGUUCAGCAAUUUAGAAAUGUCACAACCAAAUCCAGUGACUCCAGUAGAUCCAGUGCUGCUACGGGGACAGGUGAGCCCGCAGUGAGCUUAAAUGGCUCUCCAGGCAAAGGGUCAAUCCCCGCUCACGGCAGGGCGCGCUCAUGCACCAGCCACCUUCCAAGCUCAACCUCAGAGCCCGUUCAGACGCAGCAGCCCUGUUCCCUCAAGGGAUCGUUGUCUUCGGAUAAUAUUUACGGUGGACUACACGGAGACGCCACCGGCACACAAGCUCCUCCUGGACAAGGCUGGUCUAAUUGCCCUCAAACAUCUGAGCGAGUGACCUAUAAAUCGAGUAGCAAGCCAAGAGCUAGAUUUCUCAGUGGGCCUGUGUCUUUGUCUAUCUGGUCAACGCUGAAGCGCCUUUGUCUUGGUAAAGAACGUGGCAGGUCUGCAGCCGGGCAAGGGGCCCAGCAGCCGCCUACAGGUGCAACACCUCCUUCUCAUCAGCCCGUGAUGGGACUGGCCCACGCUCAGACCAAUAACAGCAACAACAAGACAGGCACGUACAGGGGCUCCUCGGUCAGUGCCAGUGAAAACAACCUCCCAGAAGACUUGCAGCGGCUGAUAGAGGACUGGGCCCAGGAGGUUCUUAUCGUCACCCACAGGUCACGCACUAAUUCUCUGAGCAUCAUCGGGCAGCAGCUUUGGAAUCAGGCUGUGCCUGGAACACGUGGACAGCUAUCUAGUGCUUCAGAUGUAUCAUGGACAGCUCCAGGUCCAGAGGCCUGCAGUCUUCCCCCGUCGUGGCCUGACGACCCGCGGACAACAAUGGCGACCGACCUGCCCGCAGCGCCGCGUCCCGGCUAUCAGCCGGCUGCGUUCAGGGCCUCGUCCUUGCCCCUCUCCGUCAGCGAGUGGCCCGGGUGGCUCUUGCCGCUUCCUUCCGGAGUCUCGGCCUUCCCUGCUCUUCCCUCGGCGCAGUACGACGCCAGGCCCAUUCCAACUUCGUCAUAUCAGCCACCCGACCCCAAGGCCAGGACUCUCUAACCCGAGUAGCAUUGUGUCUUCCAACUCCGUUACCAAAAAGAAAUGUCAUCAAAGGUCCAGUCAUUUGUAUGUGAAUAGAUGGUAUAUAUUUAACAGGCAUGUAUCUAAUCAUAUAUGUACAUACUCGUCUCCAUUAUCUUCUAUGUGUUUUUUUAUUUGGAUCAACAUACUUCGUGUCCAUAUUACAGUGCAUAAUCCUUAAGUGCAGAGCAAUCGUAAAGUACAUUGGAGGGGGGAUAAUUUGCCUAAUCAGACUUAAAAGAGCAGAUUUUUGUUAUUGCCUAGAAAUGUACCAUCCACUCAUUGAAUGUUCAUUCUGUAGCAUUUGUGUAUAUUUAUUUAUUCCUGUUUGUCAGUACAUAGCUCUAGUGUUUAUACAGUCGACAUUAGGAAAUCCAUUGGUUGGUGCUGCAGAUACGUGUCUUAAUGCGACACCUCAUUAGCGAUAAUCAUCCGUCACUGUGAAGACUGUACAUCCUGGUCACGAGGACCAGUCGCUUUACUCUGCUCACUCAGUCCAAGGAUGGAUUUCCUCCUUCAUUAAUGAAAUGCUUCCAAGCACAAGCGCUUGAAAUAUCCUUAAGAGAUUUGAAUGAACUUGAAAUUUAUCUUCAGGUGAAAAAAACACCUGUGAGAGUGCCUUCAAUUGCAGUUUCAGUUUUAUGAAGACAAAGCAUUUAGAUUCAAAGCAGACUCUAGAUAUUCUUUAUGUGCUUUACAACUCCAAAGGUAAAUUAUGUGAAUUAAAUAAUGAAUGUUGAUUGACACAUAUUUACUUUAGCAACAAAGCCUAACUAAACACUAUAAUCUGGUCAUUUUGCAGUUCAAAUCCUGUCCUUUGGACUGCUUGCAUGAAUACAUUGAUAUUCUGUGUAUGCGCGGGUUCAAAUGAUUAGUUUCAGGAAGAUGUUGUUAAGGGAAAUUGGCACCGAGACAAGGAGAAGCUGAAGGACCUAACCCAUGAAUCAUGAUCAUACCAUACCUCUACCACUGCAGUCCGUAGCUUUACAUAUGGUUGCCUUUGUAGUUUUUACCAGAUAACUGCUGUUAAAUGUUGAUGAAAUGGAGACAAGAGAGGCAAAUGACGAAUGUGAGCUAUUGACAAGCCCGUUUGAGAAAGAUGGUCGACAUGUUAUUUGUAUAAUAAUGUAUAGGUUUUCUAAAUGACGUUUAUUUAACGCUGGCCUCACAAGAUCAUCUGGCUCAUACAGCUAAUUGUAUGUACUACGGCGGACUUAAUUCAAAGAUCUCCAAAAUAUAUUACGCUUUCACGUUAUUUCAAUAGUACUGCCUUAAAAAACUACACUUUCAACACUUACUUCUCUUAUAUAACUUUUCUCGAGAAUAGUUUGUUGAAUGCACCAAUAUGAUAACCGGGUGAAACAAAGCAGUGGAAAAAAUCUGGUCAGUCAAGAAGUAGUUGUGGUGUAAUGAUCCAGACCAAAUAUGGGUCAAGCUCCAGAAAUGCUGUAAGCUAAUGUAACAUAAUGCAAUUCAAUGUCAUCUUUGACGUUGCCUUUUAUUUUUGCAAAUGUUCAGAAUCACAUUAUACGACAGUGGAAGUAAUAUGAAGUAAACUGGACUAUAUGUGUAAAAUUGGAGGGGAUGCCACUUUGAAAACCUUCUAUGUUAGCACAGUGUGACAAUAUUUUUAUUUAAACUGAAUAUUUUUGUUCAAAUGCAGAAUUUUUUACAUGUGGAAAUGUAGAUUUAAUUUUCUUUUUCAUAAGACCAUUUCCUAUGCAGUUGUGUUAGUUGUGCUUUACACAGUAAAUCCUGUAUUUGAUCUCCUUACUGCUUGCAACGAAAGCCAGACGUGUGGUUCCUUUUGCAGCCCUAUCACCUGUUUUGCACACCAAUUCCCGACCUCGUCGGAUUGGUACAUUUCACAAAAGCUGUACAUACUUGAAGAUAGAAAUAAUAAAUUCAUUUUUGCUUGACACCAUA